AUGGAGCAUUAUGAUGGUGGUGACUACGAGGACGGUACUACUUUGGAUUUCCAUACAGGAAACAUCAAAGAGUACCAGUGGAGAUACAUGUUAAAAAUCCUUAUGCACCCAUCCAACAAAAAUAAGGACAAGAUCCUCGAAGCAAUGCACCAUUUCUACACAAAUACUGCUGAAGAAGAACCAAAAGAAAUUCCAGAUCAUGUUGAUUUGAGCAGCAAUCUUACUACAAUGACAUAA